AUGGAUACAAAGGAGAAAAAAGUUAUGGAAGGUGAAAGUGGAAGGGAGAAACUUCUCGUUCACACUCACGAGUCAAUCCCAAACCACUCAAUGACCCAAUUUAAGACUUCAGCUUUUGUGCCUGGCCGACGAAUCUCUGAUAUUAUUCUUCUAACACAAGAGUUAAUGCAUCAAUACCAUAGGCAAACUGGUCCUCCUAGAUGUGCGUUUAAGGUGGACAUCCAGAAAGCUUAUGAUACGGUCGACUGGAGCUUUCUUCGGGCUGCUUUGUGUGGUAAUGUUCAUGGGUUUUUUAAAGGGAAGAGGGGGUUGAGACAAGGAGAUCCAAUGUUUCCUUAUCUAUUUAUGAUAGUCAUGGAGGUACUCACAGCCAUCUUGCAGACGGCGGCAUCUUUGUCGACUUCGUUUAAAUUCCAUAAUAAGUGCGAGAAACAAAUGAUAAUUAAUCUUUGUUUCGCUGAUGAUUUAUUUCUCUUUGCAAGAGGCGAGGUAAAAUCAGCAAAGUUGAUCAUGGAAUCAUUAACCAGGUGA